AUGGUUAAGACUUCAGUCCUCAACGAUGCGCUUAACGCCAUCAACAACGCUGAGAAGGCCGGAAAGCGUCAAGUGCUCAUCCGCCCAAGCUCCAAGGUCAUCGUCAAGUUCCUCGGUGUCAUGCAAAAGCACGGCUACAUCGGAGAAUUCGAGGAGGUUGAUGACCACCGAGCAGGAAAGAUUGUCGUCCAAUUGAGCGGCCGUCUUAACAAGACCGGUGUCAUCUCCCCAAGAUACAACGUCAAGAUCGAGGAUUUCGAGAAGUGGGUUGUCAAGCUUUUGCCAUCCCGUCAAUUCGGACACAUCGUUCUUACCACUUCCGCUGGUAUCAUGGACCACGAGGAGGCUAGACGCAAGCACGUUGCCGGAAAGGUUCUCGGCUUCUUCUACUAG